GGGGGUGAAGUUUACAGUGAGCUGACAGACUUUUAGUGAGUUCACUGUUUGUGCGCUCUCGGUGCGUCACGCGCUCAGACGCUCCUCUGGAAGUGCGCGACUCCCGAGCAACAUACAUGCGAAGACAGCAGAGACUCCAGCUUCUUCCACUCCGCUCCAAGCUGCGCGCUUUUCCCAACAUUCACUUCGCUCGUGCUCGUUGCGGCUGAGUCUCAGUGACAUGGAUGUCAUACCGAUGUGCAGCAUCUUCCAGGAGCUCCAAAUCGUGCACGACACGGGAUACUUUUCUGCUUUACCGUCUCUGGAAGAGUACUGGCAGCAGACAUGCCUCGAGCUGGAAAGAUACCUCCAGAGCGAGCCCUACGUCUCAGCCACUGACCUUAAAUUUGAGAACCAGGAGGACCUGUGGAGCAAGCUCAUGCUCGCCUGCGGGGACAAGUCGAAUGAGUCUGACCCAAAGAUCCCCCACAUCAAGGAAGAGGUGGACAAUCAGGACAGCCAGCACCUCGACGCUGGUGGUUUCCACUCUGACGCCAGCAGCGAGGCCUCGGACAGCUCCGAGGAGCUCUCGCCUACCCUCGAUUUCUCCUCCAGCUCGUUGACUGACAUUCUGGGCGACAGCGGCGAAGACUUGGGCUCUGCCAUCAUCAGCACACCACCUUCCUCGCCUGAGCUCGGCAAGGAGGGCUCCGUGACCCAGGUGUGGAGUGGGAUACAGACUGUGCUGCACUCUCCUGGGAAAAUAAGAACUGGCAGCGUAGAGAGGACCGCAGAAAGGUCUGGGCUAACCAGUGGCGAGGCGUCGCCCGACGGCAGGAGACGGGUCCACCGGUGCCACUUCAACGGAUGCAGGAAGGUGUACACCAAGAGCUCGCACCUCAAAGCACACCAGCGCACACACACAGGUGAGAAGCCUUACAGGUGUUCAUGGGAGGGCUGCGACUGGCGCUUUGCACGAAGUGAUGAACUCACCCGACACUUCAGGAAGCACACGGGAGCGAAGCCAUUUAAAUGCAGUCACUGUGACAGGUGUUUCUCCCGCUCUGAUCACCUGGCGCUGCACAUGAAGAGGCACAUCUAAGAUGUCCUUCAUGUCGAGAGCUCUAAGGGAUGAGUCUGGUUGAUUGUCCUGACCUGUUUUUGGGGGAUCAGCAAGGCCGGUGUGUCCUGGGAGCAUGAAUGAGAGCACCGCCGUGUUCCAGUCAGUGGGAAAAACAUGAAGCAACGCAGGCUAUGAUUUGCACCGUACUCAGUGCCUCCAACACCUCGCUGUGGUGAUUGGUCUUGAAAGGCUUUUACAGAAGAGCCGGACAGUAAAAGAGAGACUUGGUAAAAAAAAAA